GUAUAAUGCACGCGGUUUUGAUUUGAAUCGGAAUUUUCCUGACUAUUUCAAACAAAAUAAUAAACGAGGUCAACCUGAAACAGAUGCCGUCAAAGAAUGGAUACAGAAAAUACAAUUUGUUUUAUCAGGAUCAUUGCAUGGAGGCGCUCUUGUAGCCAGUUAUCCAUUUGAUAAUACACCAAAUUCACUAUUCCAGAGCUAUGCAUCUUCACCAUCUUUAACACCUGACGAUGACGUUUUCAAGCAUUUGGCUUUAACAUACAGUUCGAAUCAUGCGAAGAUGUCGCACGGGGUAGCAUGUAAGGGCGCAGGUCCGCGAUUCGACAGAGGUAUUACGAAUGGUGCAGCAUGGUAUCCUCUCACGGGCGGCAUGCAGGAUUAUAACUACGUUUGGUAUGGUUGUAUGGAAAUAACAUUGGAAUUAAGCUGUUGCAAAUAUCCGCCCGCAAAUGAAUUGCGAAAAUAUUGGGAAGAUAAUCAAAUGUCUUUAGUAAAAUUCUUGGCCGAAGCACAUCGAGGUGUGCAAGGAUUUGUAUUUGAUAGCCACGGCGGAGCAGUUGAGAAGGCAUCUUUAAAGAUAAAGGGGCGUGAUGUGGGAUUUACGACUACUCGAUUUGGAGAAUUUUGGAGAAUUUUAUUGCCAGGAGUAUAUAAAUUGGAGGUUUACGCAGAAGGGUACGCUCCUCGAGAAAUUGACUUUGUAGUUGUGGACGAACAUCCAACACUAUUAAACGUGACUUUAUAUGCUGCUAAGGGAGAAGUCCCGUAACGCCAGACGGCACCUAGCGCCGGACACUCUA